AUGGAAGAAGACAAGUCAAGAGGAACUUCCAAAAGAAGGAAGACGAAUGACAAUAGUAAUGUCAAUUAUUCUUUGUUCCAUAAAAGCGUAAUUUGGGUAAAUGGAAAGGACUCAAAUAAUAACCAUUCCAAGCAGUUCACUCAGCAGAAUGAGAAGGAAAAUAAAAAUGUGCCGUCCGCAUCGACUCGUGAUAAUGCUCAGAAUCUUUCCCAUUCGAAUACAAAUUCAAAUGCAAACCAAGAUGUGUCUUAUCCCAGUAGCAAGCGCAAUGCUAGCACCACUCACCUGAGUAACAGCAAAAGAAACUGCACCAGUAAUCGAUCAAAAGAUCAAGGUCAUCCUUUUUUGAACAGACCGCCGCAAAGAGCCUUGUACGUGGACUAUGGUGAAUCGGAGAGGAGGAACGGUGUAAAUGCGCCCAACAAGGUAUAUAUCAACAACAGCUUAAAAAAUACAUAUACAGGCAAUACGAGUUGUAGAAAGAACUCGAAACAGCAGCAAAAUAAAGUGGGACUCUCGUCGAAUGAAUACACAAAUUAUAAAGUUACGACGGAGAAUAGAACGACGUAUGAUCAUGCAAGGGAGCUAAACCGCAUGUGGAAUAUUUACGUGGACGAAUUACUCGGUUUGACAAAGACAGAAGAAUUGCCCCAAGACACAAUUAAUGACAUGGAAUUGAACGGAGCGGAAAUUGAAAUCCACAAGUCUCGUUGUGCAUCAUAUAUUGGGAUCAAAGGGAUAAUCAUCCUGGAAACGCAAAAUGCAUUCAAAAUAGUAACCCCCAAGGACAAGGUCUUAAUACUGCUGAAAAACAAAACCGUAUUUAUCCUUACCAUAAAAGAUAGGCAGUAUUACCUGCAUGGCGUCCAGCUGCUCCGCGACCCCGCCUUAAAAUCAUGCAAAAAGUACAAAGUGCUACAGAACAGGUCUAUUUAA